AUUACGUGAACAAAUAGCGGAGGGGCAGCCAGGCCAGAACGGCUUGUGUAACUUUGCAAACUUGCCAGCAAGUUUAAAAUCUGCCCUCCUUCCUUCACCGCAGACACUGCCGGCUCGACGGGUCGCGCCGUCCGUUGCCUUCCAGGACCAGGAUCACAAGAGCCGGUGCCACGUCCGACUGCCGCCUCGCAGGCAGGGUCCGGGCCACUCCACGCAGCACUCGGGGCAGGGACCCCGCGCUCCUCGCACCGCCCAGUCCUUCUCCGUAUUCACGCGUCCGAGACCGGGCCUCCCGUCCCCUGCCGGUUCUUCCCGGACCCGGACCGGAGCGAUGCGCGCUGCCUGGGCCGUGCUCCUGCUGGGGCAGCUGCAGCUCUGCCCGCUCCUGCGCGGCGCCCCGCAGCCCCCGCGCGAGCCCGCGGCCCCCGGCGCCUGGCGCCAGCGCCUCCGGUGGGAGAACCGCGGGCAGGUGUUCAGCCUGCUGAGCCUGGGCGCGCGCUACCGGCCACCCAGCCGCCGCGACCCGGGUGCCGCCCCGCAGCAGCGCACGCCGGUCCUGCUCUUGCGCGACGGCCCGCCGGGGCCAGCAGCCCGCCGCCGGUUGCGAACCGGGUCCACCGCGGCCAGCGACGCCAGCGCCUCGCGCGCGGAGAACCGCACUGCGUCGGGUCCGCUCGCGUCCCCGGAGCCCGGUACUCCGCAGCCACAGCGCCACGUGGACCGCAUGGUGGGCGACGACCCGUACAACCCCUACAAGUACUCCGACGACAACCCCUACUACAACUACUACGACACAUACGAGCGGCCCCGGCCAGCGGGUAGAUACCGCCCGGGCUAUGGCACCGGCUACUUCCAGUACGGUCUCCCGGACCUGGUGCCCGACCCCUACUACAUUCAGGCGUCCACCUACGUGCAGAAGAUGGCUAUGUACAACCUACGCUGCGCGGCGGAGGAGAACUGCCUGGCCAGUUCUGCGUACAGGGCAGAUGUGAGAGAUUAUGAUUACAGGGUGCUGUUAAGAUUUCCCCAGCGAGUGAAAAACCAAGGAACAUCUGACUUCUUACCAAGCCGCCCGAGAUACUCCUGGGAGUGGCACAGCUGUCACCAACAUUACCACAGCAUGGAUGAAUUCAGUCACUAUGACCUGCUGGAUGCCAACACACAGAGCAGAGUGGCCGAAGGCCACAAAGCGAGUUUCUGUCUGGAGGACACAUCUUGUGACUAUGGCUAUUAUAGGCGAUUUGCAUGUACUGCACACACACAGGGUUUGAGUCCUGGUUGUUAUGACACCUAUGCAGCAGACAUAGAUUGCCAGUGGAUUGAUAUUACAGACGUACAACCUGGAAACUACAUUCUCAAGGUCAGCGUCAAUCCCAGCUACCUGGUUCCUGAGUCAGACUACAGCAACAACGUUGUGCGCUGUGACAUUCGGUAUACAGGACAUCAUGCCUAUGCCUCAGGCUGCACAAUUUCACCGUAUUAGGAAGCAAGUCCAGCUUCCAAUGGAUAAAUCAGUACCUGGUGUUCUGAAGUUAGAAAAAAAGGUUAGCUUCAGUAGGAUUAACAUAUUUUGAAAAAGAGAACAAAAAAUAAGAAAGGAGUUUUUGUUUGGACUCUUUUACAACAAAGCACAUAACUGGAUUUUGAAUAACUAAAUCAGCACUAUUUGGGAAGUUUUUAAUAUUUAUUCACAUUACUUUGUGAAUUUUAACACAGUGUUUAAAUUCUGUAGUUAUACACUUGGCUCUUUUGAAGAAAUCUAAACCUCAUAUACUUUUUAAAAAAUUACGUAUAAAAGAGAAAAUAAUAUUUUAAUGAUUGAGCCAAAAUUACUUUAAACUGA